UACAGGGCUGCAGCUACAGGGCUGCAGCUACAGGGCUGCAGCUACAGGGCUGCAGUUACAGGGCUGCAGCUACAGGGCUGCAGCUACAGGGCUACAGCUACAGGGCUGCACCUACAGGGCUGCAGCUACAGGGCUGCAGCUACAGUGCUGCAGUUACAGGGCUGCAACUACAGGCCUGCACCUACAGGGCUGCAACUACAGGGCUGUACACUUCCUUUAAGUUUAGAGCACUUUUUAUAGACAGCGCCACCUACCGCAAUAGAUGAUCAGUAAAGUGCACAAUUUACGUUUUAAAUUGAUGAUUUCACUCAAAAUAUACUUACAAUACAAAAGGCUUAUUCAAGAAGAAUUCUCCGUUGAUGCUGAACGAAGUAGCAGCAUUUAUCGCCAUGAUAGACAACGGUAACCAUGUGAGUACUAACUGUGAAUUGUUUUAUUAGUUUAACUUUAUAGAACAAAUAAACGUUUGGUUUACAGCGUUUUAUUGUUUAACGUUAUAAACAUUUCUGCUGUUUUCAUUUGCGGAGCAAAGCUGUUAACCUGCUAAACUGAGAAACAAGCUAUAUUUGAGCUCGUCAUUAAGUAGCACAGACGACCACUUUUAUAUAGUGACCGCUGCUGUAAAACCAACGCUUAGCUUGUUUGAUCAUUUGUUUAAUUGAGUCCUAGCCAGAUUUUGGCAGCCCAGGUCCAGGUCAUGAUAAUUAACUACAAGCAGCAUAUUAAUUAACCCUUCACCUGAUGGUAAAAGCAUGUUGAAAUUAUCUCUGUCUGUCAAGGACAUUAAGCAACAACAACCUUCAGUGUAAGUGUUUAAUACUAACAAUUUUACAGGUUUUAUGAUGUUAAUAAAGUUGCAGGUAUCUGAACAUUUUCUUCAUAGUCAGACUUUUCAUGAUCACAUUUUCUUGUGAUGCUGAGACAUUUAGUAUUUUUAACGCUCAGUUUUGAUGUAGGCUUAUCCUUCACUCCUUUACCUCAUCUACUGUCUACUGUACAGCCUGUAUGAACUUACAUCAUUACACAGAUUGAAUCCAAGACAGAAAACUUUAAAUCUAUUGGUCCACCUCCCAGAUUAAACUUGAUUUAUGUUUAUUUAUGUUUAUGUUAGUUUUUAAAAAAUGUUUACACAAAGAAGAAACUGCUCUCUCCAAAUGCUUUUGUUGUUGCCACAUAUUCAUUUUGAAGAGAAAGGACACAUUUUGAACUCAAAUUUUCCUUUCUAUUGUCACACUGCUUUCAGAUGGACAUGCCUUUGAUACGGAAGUGGUGGUGUCUUCUUCUCAUGGAGCGUUUCCAAACAGAGGGAUGCGACAACCUGAAACAAAACAUGUAUAUAAAUUUUAGUGGCAAGUUAGGAGUUCACUUCCACUUUAUCAAGCUGAUAACACACUAUCAGUGCCAUAUGAAUAUUUAUGUUCGAAAUAUAUAGCCAGAGGUUCGCUUUCUGGACUGAUGAAGCCAGAAUCCUGCUCCAGGGAACCCUGAAGCCUGUUUACACAGUGCCAAGACGAGGUGCCGUCACUGAUGAAGUUCCGCUCCAUAUGCAGGCUGUCACUGAACGCACUGCAAAGGAAACCAGACUGGUGGACUUCAUUAUCCAGUCAAAGGGAGCUGAGCAGCAUUUGGUGGAUGUACUUAGUGGCAAACGCUCUACUUGGAUUCAUCAGAAGUCUUGUUGCCAGAUGCCUGUCUACCUGGAUAGUGAAGAACAACAGGACAAGCUUUUUGCAUUCUUAAAGACUACUGCACAGAGGACCACAACACCACUGAGCUUCACAGAUGAAGUGCUGUUCAUCUUUGAUGUUCUCUCUCCAGAGGCCAUCAUAUAUGGCCUGUCUAUGCAGGACAAUCUGUCCCUGCAGGACAGUCUGUCCCUGCAGGAGGCUGAGCAGGUCUUCUUCCAGCUUACCAUCAAAGUGAAGUGGAGGAGUUUUGUCAAAGGAUUAAAAAAGACCUGAAGAAAGAAGGCAGACUGUUCAGUUGGAGGACGUGAGAUCAGAGGUUUUGCAGCGGGAGUCAUAGACAUCACUUUUGUGUGUGUGUGCGUGCGUGCGUGCGUGCGUGUGUGUUCAGCUUUUAUUUUUAUUUCAUAUUAUUGUGUAAAAUAAAUAUAUAUAUAUGUA